CGGCGAAAAAACGAUCCAAGCAGUCGACAAUUUUCUACGGGCUAUAUUUCAUAACCUUCCAGGACCUUCUGGUGUGGACCGACUCGAGCGUGGAAACUAAUGGCGGAUUCUGCCUCUGAAGACGUGUCGCUUGCCGAGCGCAAACAACGCAAGUCCGUAGCUUUCAGCGAAGGAACCACAAUCAUGGAUGCCAACGGGGAGGUUACAGAGGCGGCUCACGUCGAAAAGACUACCGCCGAAAGCCACACUGCCGACAAGGAUGUUGACGAAGUCACCGAACUCUUCAAGGGCCUGUCGAAAAAGAAGAAAACCAAGAAGCCAAAAGACGAUGCCGAAGAAGGCGACGAGGCCACCCCCACCGGCGAUGGCGAACUGGACUUGAGCGGACUGAAGAAGAAAAAGAAGAAGCCAAAGAAGGUCGACGUUGGAGACUUUGAAGCCAAGCUGGCCGAGGCGGGCGUCACAGAAGAAGGCGCAGAGCCAAGAGAAGCAGUAGGAGGUGACCAACUUCCAGAAGGCGAUCUGGAGAAGGGCACCGGUAUCUGGGCACACGACUCGACUCAGACCAUUCCAUACCAACUCCUCGUCUCACGAUUCUUCUCUCUCAUCCAAAGCCACCACCCGGACCUUCUAUCGAGCGGCUCCAAGUCCUACCGUAUCCCCCCUCCUCAGUGUCUGCGUGAAGGAAACCGUCGUACGAUUUUCGCCAACAUUGCCGAUAUCUGCAAGCGUAUGAAGCGAUCGGACGACCACGUCAUGCAGUUCUUGUUCGCCGAGUUGGGUACGAGUGGCAGUGUGGACGGUAGCCGACGACUGGUCAUCAAGGGUCGUUUCCAGCAGAAGCAGAUCGAGAACGUGUUGCGACGAUAUAUUGUUGAGUAUGUUACGUGCAAGACCUGCCGCAGCCCCGACACCGAACUCAACAAGGGAGAAAAUCGGCUGUACUUCGUUACCUGCAACUCAUGCGGAUCCCGACGAUCAGUCACAGCCAUCAAGACUGGUUUCCGUGGCCAAGUCGGCCGCCGUAAGAAGACUGGCUAAAAUUUUCUAUUCCCUGUAUUUACCACCUGCCUGUUACGCGAAUUGUUACGGCACUACCCAUAUGAUGUGGAACGAAAAACUGUAGAGAAUGAUGCAUGAUCAUGAGACUGGAUUUGAAUGUAUGCCGGCAGUGCCAGUGGGUUUUUCCUUUUAUCAAAAUGGAGAUAGGGUUGCAGAAUUAGACAUCACGCUCUGUAAUGUUAAUCUCUUUACUAGCGAUAACAUUAACAUUGACAUUAAACAAUUGGGAUGGUCUCGAGAUUUCUAAUUAUAACUAAUUAUAACCCCAAACAUGAUCCAUCCUCGCCAGUUAUUGCUGCGACUGGCACGUAACAAUAUUCUGGGUCAAGACCGCCACCAAUAGGCUCCUAUGUAGCAGUACUUGGCACUGCUUGCUGUCAUCCAAG